UCUGCUGUCUUCUCUCUGCAAUUGCUUGCUGGUAAGUGGUAAGAAGGUUACUGUACUGCUACGUGACAGUCCUCACAGGUGCAUCCGUAUUAUAUGUAGCUAGCUACUGGGAACAAGAACUCUAAACGUGAAGCUAUCAUGGUUCCUGGACGAGGGUGGUGAAGGCGCAAUCAAAAAUGUUGGAGCUGAUUGCCAUCUAUGCUCUACCCAUUACGUAGGUAUAUCGUUAGAAUUCAUCCCUCUGGCUUAUGGUAGCUUCAAGAAUUGCGAUUACAACCAACACAAAUUGUGGAAGCUUCAAGGAAUUGCUGAAAAGCUUGGAGGAAUGAGAUUAUCAUGAGAUCUUUUUUUCCUCUCUCAACAACUAAAACAGAUUGUGGAAGCUUUCAGGAAUUGCUGGCAAGCAUGUCAAUGUCGAUUCUCAGGAUCUUACUGUUUUCGUUUGCAAUGGGACCUGUGAUAGCAUAUCACACGAAGGCGCACACACAAUGUUCGUCUCUUAUGUGGUAUAUGAUCUUCUACUGUAAGUGCUUCUUUUAGUUUUCUUCUGAGCUCUCACCUUUUGUUAAAUUUGAUUGGUUAUCUCACUCUUAUGUCCUGAAGCUAAUGUUAAAAAUUUUGUGCUCAUCACUCACUCUCUGGUCCUUUAAAAAAGGGAAAUGAUUGUUAAUAACGUAGUUAGCACUACCAAUCUCAUUCCUCAAAAAAUCAAAAGCCAUCACAAGGCCACGAUGAGAGAGAGAGAGCCAACACAAUUCAGAUGUUUGCCUCUGUGGCUGUUGGUGUGUAUUCCAAAAACAGGACGAUGAAUCAUAUAUUUUUCAAGGACGUACGAAAGCAUGAAGGUUUAGCACUGAGAGGGGACUUAUCUGGAUGUGAUCGAUGUCUUGCGAACUCUGCACUCCCCCCAUGAUAUUUAUUCUAAAGGAUGUAUCUCUGAAGAUCUAGCCAAUGUAUCUUAGCUGAGCUAUCAUGAUGCGUCUCUGGAGAUCUAGCAAUUUGAGCCCAGUUGAUCAUUAUCUAUCCUCGUUUUCUUAGCUUGUGUCAUGUUGUUACUCGAAGCUUCUAAAUGCCAAUGAAAAGAGACUGCAUCUGCCCAGUGAUCUGCUUCCUGCUAGUUCCAAAUCUGACAUGACUAGUGAUCCUGGUGUUGUGAGGAAUUACUAAAAUCUUUUGGUAUAGAGAAGAAGCUCAAUCGUCGUAGCAAAGACUCCAUUGAUGUUUUCGAACAAGUCAGGCAAGUCAGACUCAUUACUCACAAUCACUCAAUACGUUCGCGUCAAUUCUAGAUGAUGGAGAUAUUAUUAGGGAUGAUGCUGAAUUGUUGACCCAAAUGAUGGUAAAAUCCACUUCACUGCACCAGAAUUUAAAGCAAAACCCAAGAUUCUACUGAGCUAAAUGGAGUCCAGAAGUUUGGUUAAAAAGCUUGAAGCUAAGUUUAAGAUCGAAGAUAUGCUUAUGGGUGUGAAGAAUGAAGAAGGUUCAGUACCAAAAAGAAAAGCUUGAAGGAAUGAGAUUAUGAUGGGAUCUUGUUUUGCUCUCUCAACAACAAAAACAAAUUGUGGAAGCUUCAGGAAUUGCUUUUAAACAUGUCAAUGUUUCUCAGGUAUGGUUUAUUUUCCAGUUUAACUUAACGUUCUAGUUUUUUGCUUCUGUUUUUGUUUGCAACGGGACUUGUGAUAGCAUAUCACACGAAGACGCAUACACAAGUUUCGUAUACACAAGUUUCGUCUCUUCUUUGGUGUAGCUACGUAACAUGAGUAAUGGUUCCAGGUUCAAGGUUUUCUCAUAUCUUGAUUGAGGAAUCCAUUCUUUUGCAUAAGGCUCUAUAGCAUAAUGCAGUGGUCAACGAGCUUAUUUUGCUCUGUUAAGCAAUGGUCUUCCGUGGCUAUAUAAUGGCCAAACUGAGAUCGGUAUAUCUACAUAACAUGCGGAGUGGUUCAAGGUUUUUAUCAUUAGUCAGAUCUUGAUUGAGAUUGUUUACAAAGGGACUUGAUAGCACAUCUCACAGAGACGCUGUAGUUUUGUUCUUCAAAAUAUGGGGUUCUUCCGAGUUGUGACUGUUGGAAAACGUUUUAGUUGUUAGAUUCAUAACAUUUUUCGGUCGGGUAGUGGUUUGAGGUCUCAAAAUGUCAGAUUCCAAAAGAAAGUUGUUGGGAGGAAUGCAAAGUUGGAGAGGAAGAGAUAAGGGUGUGUUUUAAGUGGAAACUUGUUACCGAAAAGAGAAGGGUGUGUUUAAAGGGAGCCGUAAGCUGUGGGAAUGAAGCAAUAUACAUUACUCGGGUUGUUCAGGAUUGAUAACGAACAACUAACGGGAUAAAGCUAUGUAACCAGAAAUAGAAUCCCACAUGUAUAAUUUUAACUCAAGGACAUGUUAAAUGGUCGAAAUUCACCAGACUGACCGGUGAAUUUGAAUUCAUGGCUACAAAAGACGAUUCAUGGGCAUCUAUCUCAAGAAAGGCACAGUUUUUUUUAGUAUUUAACGGAGGUUAACCGCAGUUGACGACAAUUGUGAAUUUUUUUAGAAGAGAGCCGUCCGAUGAGAUUUGAAUGUGACAUGGGCCCAAAAUUAUGCCCAAAGUCCGAGAAAAGAGAGAUGGAUUCGAAAAAAACCCCAGCGAAAGCAAAAAUUUUGGAUUUGUCUUCGAAUUCGAAGGUGAGGGUCGUUCUCAGGGUUCGUCCCUUUCUUCCCUUAGAGAUAUCCGACGAGAGUGGUGACGGAGGAGGACGAUCCUGCGUUUCCGUAACCAAGGGCGAUGAUGAUGACGACUCUAGUCAUGUGACAGUUCACCUCAACGAUCCAGAUACCUGUCGAAACGAAUCCUAUCAGUUGGAUGCGUUUUAUGGGGGAGAUGAUGAUAACGUGAAGCAGAUCUUCGAUAGAGAAGUAAGCCCUUUGAUUUCAGGGAUCUUUCAUGGUUUCAACGCUACAGUACUUGCUUAUGGAGCUACCGGAAGCGGAAAGACCUUUACUAUGCAGGGAAUCGAUGAGCUACCAGGUCUUAUGCCUUUGACCAUGUCCACCGUUCUGUCUAUGUGCGAAAAGACAGGGAGUAAAGCAGAGAUUUCAUAUUAUGAAGUGUACAUGGACAGAUGUUGGGAUCUUUUAGAAGUUAAAGCCAACGAGAUUGCUAUUUGGGAUGAUAAAGAUGGUCAAGUUCAUCUUAAGGGACUUUCUAGUGUCCAAGUUGAUUCCAUGUCUGAGUUUCAAGAGGUAUACUCGUCUGGUGUUCAGCGGAGGAAAGUUGCACAUACUUGUUUAAAUGAUGUCUCUAGUAGAAGCCAUGGAGUGCUUGUGAUCUCAGUAACCUCACAAGGGUUUGUCACUGGAAAAAUCAAUCUCAUUGAUCUGGCAGGUAACGAAGACAAUAGAAGGACAGGCAAUGAAGGAAUCCGUCUACAAGAGAGUGCCAAGAUUAAUCAGUCGUUAUUUGCAUUGUCCAAUGUGGUUUAUGCUCUGAAUAAUAACCUGCCAAGAGUACCUUAUAGGGAAAGCAAAUUGACUAGAAUACUGCAGGAUUCUCUUGGAGGAACAAGUAGAGCUCUUAUGGUGGCAUGUUUGAAUCCUGGAGAAUACCAAGAAUCUCUUCGCACUGUUAGCUUGGCUGCAAGGUCAAGGCACAUCUCAAACAAUGUUUCUUUGAAUCUCAAGGUAGAGACCCCCAAGGUUAAGAUAGAUAUGGAAGCAAAACUGCAAGCUUGGCUUGAAUCAAAAGGCAAGACGAAAAGUACGCAUAGAAUGAUGGCAAUACGUUCUCCCUUGCUAAGUACAAAUCAAACUUCAAUUUUUCAAAGCUCGUUCAAGAAAUCCAUCUGUCAUAGAUCAGCCAUUGCAGGUGCUAAAUUUGCUGGCACAGGACAGAGGGACGCCUUUGUGACGGAAAGGAACUUAUUUGGUGAGGAAACUCUUGCUGCUUCACAUUUAUGGGAACCUAUACAGGAUCUGCAGUUAGAUUCUCCAACCAAAGAAGAUGAGAGAAACACAUCUGCUGAAGAGGAUCUAUUGGUAUUAGAAGCGAGCUUUAAAGAUAACCCAUUGGACCUCGAGAAGAAAUAUACUGAACUGAGUCCUCUCCGAGAAGCUCUGUCUCCGAUAGACACCAAUGCAAAACCAAAAUCAGCAGAUGGAAGCUCUCCUAUUCUGAAGCCAAUGACCCCAAAAACACCUUUUCUUUCUGCAAACCCUGAGAAUAGGCAGAUGGAAGGCACUUGCCAGAAGUUCAAUGCGUGGAGCACUAAUUUAAAGACCUCUCUCAUAAAUGAGUAUAUUCACUUCUUAAACACAGCCAAAAGAGAAGAGCUAAUGGAGUUAAAGGGAAUUGGAGAUAAGAUGGCUGACUACAUUACUGAACUCAGAGGAUCAAGCCCUUUAAAAUCGCUUAGUGAUUUAGAGAAAAUCGGUUUCACCUCAAGACAGGUACAUAACUUGUUUAAAAGAGCCACUGAAGGAAUCCUCGAGAAGCCAGUUUCUUCUGCUUCAACAACACCUUAGUUGUUUGUUUCUAGUAACAAGAACUUAUGUAUUAUGUGUGAAGUGAUUUCAUUAUUGUUUGAUCUUGUUGUGUAUUAACCAUAGACAUGGGAAUUGAUCUUAAACGUGUACUGAGCAAGAAGAAAGAAGCAAACUUGUCUACUGCAAAGACACAAAUACAAAACCCAUAAUAAUUUUGGUUUAUAAAAGUCACAUUGACAAAACAUACAGAGAUAUCUCAGUGACCACCAAACCAUAAAAACA